AUGUCAUCCACAAAGAAGUCUUCAGAAAUCGCCAAAAAGUUAUUCACUUCACUCCAAUUGGGAGGAAACACUCCAAACAGCAAAAUCCAACUCUCCCAUCGUGUGGUCAUGCCUCCUUUGACUCGAUCCCGUGCUGUGGUUGGCCACGGUGAAUUACAUCCAGAAUUGGGUCCACUCUAUUAUUCACAACGUGCUACUGAGGGUGGUUUACUUAUUUCCGAAGCCUCUCAAAUUUCAAAACAAGGAGAAGGUUAUCCUACCACUCCUGGAAUUUACAAUAAGGAGCACAUUGAAAGUUGGAGUCGUGUGACUAAGGCAGUUCACGAUAAGGGAGGAAUUUUCUUUCUUCAAACUUGGCAUGUUGGUCGUUUGCGAGAAAUUGUGAAACAGUUUGGACAGGCAGCAAGAAACGCCAAGCUAGCUGGAUUUGAUGGUGUUGAAUUGCAUUCAGCAAAUGGUUAUCUCAUUGACCAAUUCAUUCAGGAUGGUACCAAUCAACGAAAGGACGAAUACGGAGGAUCCAUUUCCAAUCGUUUGAGAUUCCUUCAAGAGGUCGUUGAAGAGUCCAUUAAGGCAUUCGGAGGAGAUUCCAGUAAAGUUAGUGUCAGACUCUCUCCAGAAACUGCUAUUUAUGAAAUGUCAGAUUCUACUCCAAAAGAGACAUGGAGAGAAGCUGUGAAAUUGUUGGCUCAAUACGAUUUGGCGUAUUUGCAUUUGGUGGAACCUCAAGGAGCUGCCCAUGCUCGUGUUAGUGCUGAGCUAAAACCACAUUACAACAAGAAGUCUCCGAUUGUUGUCAAUUCAGGAUUCAAUUUGGAGAGCGCUGAGAAGAUUUUACAAGAUGGACAUGCGGAUGCUGUUUCUUUUGGUCGUUGGUUCAUUGCAAAUCCUGAUUUGGUUCAUAGAUUGAAGAAUAAUUUGCCGUUGAAUGAGCUUGAUUAUACUACCCUCUAUUACUCUCCAAAUGUUAGCGGUGGCUACACUGAGUACAAGACCUAUGAAGAAGUGUUGAAAGUUCAACAAUGA